UCCUCGUAUAAUGGAGGAGGGAUGAACGGCACAAGCACAAUGAUGGAUUUCCUGGAGGAACCUCUUCCUGGUGUGGGGACCUAUGAGGAUUUUAACACUAUAGAUUGGGUGCGAGAGAAAUCCAGGGACCGGGACAGGCACAGAGAGAUCACCAGUAGAAGUAAGGAAUCCACCUGGGCACUGAUCCACAGCGUGAGCGACGCCUUCUCCGGCUGGUUGUUGAUGCUGCUCAUCGGGUUGUUGGCCGGUUCCUUAGCGGGUCUGAUCGACAUUUCUGCCCACUGGAUGACAGAUUUGAAAGAAGGAGUGUGCUUAGCCGGCUUCUGGUUCAACCACGAGCACUGCUGCUGGAAAUCCAACACCACCUUUACCGACAGAGACAAGUGUCCCGAGUGGAAGAGCUGGUCCCAGCUGAUCCUUGGCCACGGAGAGGGGGCUUUUGCGUAUAUCCUCAACUACUUCAUGUACGUUACCUGGGCCCUGUUGUUCUCCCUGCUUGCCGUGUUACUUGUGAAGGGGUUUGCUCCCUACGCCUGUGGCUCGGGGAUCCCGGAGAUCAAAACUAUCUUAAGUGGUUUCAUCAUUAGAGGCUACCUGGGCAAGUGGACGUUGAUCGUCAAAACCAUCACCCUGGUGCUGGCGGUGUCCUCCGGGCUGAGCCUGGGCAAGGAGGGGCCCUUGGUGCACGUCGCCUGCUGCUGUGGGAACAUCCUGUGUCACCUCUUCACCAAAUACAGGAAGAACGAAGCGAAGCGCAGAGAGGUGUUAUCGGCAGCGGCGGCUGCUGGAGUGUCUGUAGCUUUUGGGGCACCGAUUGGAGGAGUGCUCUUCAGCCUGGAAGAGGUGAGCUACUACUUCCCCCUCAAGACCCUGUGGCGAUCCUUCUUCGCUGCUCUGGUCGCCGCGUUUACCCUUCGCUCCAUCAACCCUUUUGGGAACAGCCGCCUGGUCCUCUUCUACGUGGAGUUUCACAUGCCGUGGCACCUUCUGGAGCUUGUGCCGUUCAUCCUUUUGGGAAUAUUUGGUGGCCUUUGGGGAGCUUUCUUCAUUCGCAGCAACAUCGCCUGGUGCAGGCGCCGCAAAACGACCAGGCUGGGGAAGUACCCGGUGCUGGAGGUGUUUGUGGUGACCGCCAUCACCGCCGUUCUGGCCUUCCCCAACGAGUACACCAGGAUGAGCACCAGCGAGCUCAUUUCGGAGCUCUUCAACGACUGUGGGAUUUUAGACUCUUCCAAACUCUGCGAGUAUGUGAACGAUUUCAACAGCACCAAAGGGGAUGACCUGCCCGACCGAGCCGCUGGCCCAGGGGUUUACACUGCCAUGUGGCAGCUGGCUCUGGCCCUUAUCAUGAAAGUCUUCAUCACAAUCUUCACUUUCGGCAUGAAG